AUGCUUACCUCACGCGUAACGUCGUUCACUACCCGCCACCACUUAGCGCACCUCAGAGUAGCUACCAUAUGCAACCACAAGACACGUUCCUUUCACACCACCUAUUCAGUAAAAUCCAGCCAGCAACAUGACAUAAUUGUCGUCGGUGCUGGCAUCGCCGGAGUCUGCACAAGCAUCGCAGCCGCAGAAAAAGGCGCCAAGGUCCUUCUCCUGGACGAUGCCCACGGCGGUGGAGCGUCCGCGCUAUCAGGAGGUGUAGUCUACGCCGGCGGAGGCACGCGACAACAAAAAGAAGCCGGCUACGGCCAAGAUACCCCGGAGAACAUGUUCGCCUAUCUCAAAGAGGAAACGGGGGACGCAGUCGAUGAGAAGACUCUCCGGCGCUUCUGCGACGAGAGCGUGGCGCGGCUCGAGUGGCUCGAGAAGCACGGCGCACGAUUCGAGGCCUCGCUGUGUCCCUACAAGACCAGCUAUCCGACGAAUAAGCAUUACCUCUACUUCUCUGGGAAUGAGAAGUCGUACCCGUUCAAUAAACUGUCGAAGCCGGCGCCCAGGGGACAUCGGAUGGUGCAGCCGGGGUUCUCUGGGUCUGCGCUAUGGCAGGCGCUUUUUGACUCAGCAAUACGUCUGGGAGUAGAUUUCAAGCCGGCGACUAAGGUUCAGCAGGUUCUUCUCAAUGACAAGAGGGACAAAGUUAGCGGAGUUGAGAUCAAGACGUUGUCGGGUACCAAUUCGCUGUUCGAAAAGCACAAGGGCCUCACGCAAAAGACUAAGAAAUUCCAGCUCAUGGCUACUCCGCUAGCCGACGUCUAUCACCGCAAGGCAAGCAAAAUCUGGCAAGAGCAAUCCACCUCGCAGACCAUACAUGGUGGAGCGGUGGUCUUGAGUGCCGGCGGUUUUGCAUUCAACCCCGAGAUGAGGCAGAAACACGUCCCCGAGUUCUCCCAGGUCGCUCCGCUCGGCACCAAUGGCGAUGACGGAUCUGGAAUCAAGAUCGGGCAUGCAGCGGGAGGAUCAGUCUCCAACAUGAACAACAUGUCUGCGUGGCGUUUCUUGUAUCCUCCAACGGCCCUGCUCGAAGGCGUCGUCGUAUCUCAGGAUGGAGAGCGUAUGGGUGCGGAGGAUGUCUAUGGGGCGGCACUCAGCGAUACUAUGAUAAGACAACAUGGGGGGAAAGGCUUCUUGAUUCUCGACUCGGAUCAAUGGGCGAAAGCAAAGAGACAGGUCUUCCAGCAGACAAACAUGCCUCUCUUGAUUCAGAGACUGCACUGGCUCUAUUGGGGUUACAAGAAAGCUGGCUCAUUGGCAGCGCUGGCUGGAAAGUUCAAUAUCUCGGCCGUUGGUCUGGCGUCGACAGUCAAGACCUACAAUGAUGCGAUCGCUAGCGGAGAAGAGGAUCCGAUGCACAAGGAAGCCGACUACUGCAGCCCAGUAUCGAAAGCCCCAUUCUAUGGCGUCGAUAUCUCCUGUCGCACUGAGGGAAUCCAAGCUGUCAACGGACUGACGCUCGGCGGGCUGCGGGUGGAUGGCGAGACUGGGCUAGUCCUGACCGGAGAUGGUCGCGAGAUCGAUGGGCUGUAUGCUGCUGGGCGAAGUGCUGCUGGAGUCUGCGCCAAUGGUUAUGUGAGCGGGCUUUCCCUUGCUGAUGGUGUCUUUUCGGGGAAGAGAGCGGGUGAACAUGCUGCUCGGCGGGGGUAA